AUGGCCACACCAUCUCUCAAAUAUACCAACAAACUUGCGGGACAGCGAGUCCUGAUUUUUGGUGGAACCUCCGGAAUCGGAUUCGGCGUUGCCGAAGCCGCUCUCGAGCACGGAGCCAACCUGGUCAUCGCAAGCUCCAAGCAAAGCAAACUGGACAAGACCGUUGAGAGAUUGAAGGAAGCCUACCCGACCCAGACUCAAAAGCAGACCAUCACCACCCACGUCUGCGAUCUUUCCGAUGCCGCCAACCUCGACGCCAACUUCGAGGCUCUUUUCCAGGCCGCUACUGUCGGCGGUACCGUCAAGCUGAACCACGUCGUCACCACUGCCGGCGAUGCUCUACAGCUCCCUCCCCUCACCGGUAUCACAGCCGAUGUGGUGCAGACCGGUAUGAAUGUGCGCUUCAUCGCACCAGCCGUCAUGGCCAAGUACAUUCAGAAGUACGUGGAGAACUCGCCAGCAAGCUCAUUCACCAUGACCGGAGGCUUGCGUGGCCGUAAGCCUGCCCCUGGCUGGUCUCUCGCGACUGCUGUGAGUUCUGCGGCAGAGGGCCUUGCUAGAGGACUGGCUCUGGACCUCAAACCGAUCCGUGUCAAUGUAGUUUCGCCUGGUGCGGUAUACACCGAGCUGUUUAGUGGGUUCCCUAAGGAGCAACUCGAUGUCAUGCUGCAGAUGUUCAAGGAUGGAUCUACCACCAACACUGUUGGUAGACCGGAGGAUUUAGCAGAGAGCUAUAUCUACUUGAUGAAGGAUCAGUUCGUCACGGGCAGCGUCAUCGAGUCAAACGGCGGAGCUCUACUAGUGUAA